AUGAGACAAAAACGCGCAAAGACUUACAGAAAGUUGAUGCAUACGUAUCAACUUACUUUCGGUUUUCGUGAGCCAUAUCAAGUUUUAGUUGAUUCUGAUUUUAUCUCAGAUUUGACGAAAUCGAAAAUGGACAUCAAGGCUGCUAUUAAGAGAACAGUGCAAGGAGAUAUUAAACCAAUGAUUACUCAGUGCUGUAUACGCGAACUUUACAGUCGAUCCCAGGAAGCAAAGCAAGAAAUUCAAAUCGCCAAAUCGUUUGAACGAAGACGUUGUGGUCAUAUCGAUGAGGCAAAGUCUCCUUUGGAAUGCAUGCAGAGCUGUAUCGGCGUCAACGGAAAAAACAAACACCGAUAUGUUGUUGCAACUCAGAAUACUCAACUUCGUGAUUUCCUUCGCUCUGUACCUGGAGUACCACUUAUUUAUAUGAAGCGCUCUGUAGUUGUUCUAGAGCCUGCUUCCAGAGCUACUAUAUUGGAAAAGCAUGCCAAGGAAUCUUCCCAGAUGGGUUUAUCAAAAGAAGAAAAGCAAAUUCUAUCUGGCAAGAGACCACUUAGUGAAUCCGAAGGGGAAGAAACUGGUAAAAAGGAUGGUAAUGAAGCUUCUGAAAAUGCAGAGGAGCAACCAAAGAAGAAGAAGCGUAAAGGCCCUAAGGGUCCCAAUCCUUUGAGUGUUAGGAAGAAAAACUCAUCAUCACAGCCCGCUCCUUCUGAGGACUCUCCUCCGGUAAACAUUGUUGGAGACGUGGGUCAACGCAAGAGACAUCGUCGGAAGAGACAUUAA